AUGAUUCUAACCGACAUAAUACCCAAGGCUGCCGGAAUGCUGGUCCUAGACGAAAACUACAACUUGAUUGAAGCGUCUGGUGUCGGCCAACAGCAUUUAGCGGAUAUACCAGUCAUCAGGCAAACUGAACUGGAUGGAGAGGGAUUCGCAGUGUUGGAGAGCUCUGAAAAUAGGGUAAUUAUAUAUCGGCAAGAUAAAGCUACCAUGGCUGUUUACACCUCCCGAGACUAG